ACAGUAGCUACAAAACCAAAAUCAAAAGGAGUCGAAGCCAAAAAAAAACCAACAGAAGAAGAAAGAAGAGAAAAGAAAAAGAAGAAAUCAAACCCCCCAAAAUUGAGAAAAUCAGCCCAUCCCAACCCCCCGAAAUUUCCAAAAACCCAAAGAAAUCAAACCCCCCAAAAAAGAGAAACCACUCCCAAAAAAAUCAACAAAAGAAAAACAAAACCCCAAAGAGAAAAAUGGCCACUCAUCAGUUCCCGGACGACUUCAAAUGCCCCAUCUCCCUUGAAAUCAUGUCCGACCCUGUCAUCCUCUCAUCUGGCCACACGUUCGACCGCUCCUCCAUCCAACGGUGGUUAGACUCCGGCAAUCGCACGUGCCCCAUCACCCAACUCCCCCUCCCUCCCCACCCUUCUCUCAUCCCUAACCACGCUCUUCGCUCCCUCAUUUCCACUUUUACCCUCGCCUCUUCUCCAAAAUCCCCAUCUUACCCCUCCCCUCUCUCUCUCCUCUCUUCUCUCUCCUCUCCUUCUCUCUCCUCACAGCUCGAUUCCCUCCGCCAACUCCACUCCCUCUCAAAACACAACCCUUCCUUCCGCCGCGAGAUCACCGAAUCCGGUGCUAUCUCGGUCGUUCUUCGCUGCCUCUCCGCUUCCAACAACAAGGCCCUACAGGAAGCGGCCCUUGCCGUGUUGUUUGAUCUCAGCCUCGAUGAUGAUAACAAGGUGGGGGUUGUCGCCGAGGGCGGAAUUGCCCAUAUCGUCGCUGCGCUGCGGGAGGGCACGCCGAAUUGCCGUGCUCUUGCGGCGACCACGCUGACGAGCUUGGCUGUGGUGGAGGUGAAUAAAGGGACGAUCGGAGAUGACCCGUUUGCUAUCCGGGCGUUGGUUUCACUCCUGAGGGAUGGCAAGGGGCGGGGAAAGCGGGAGGCUGCGACGGCACUGUAUACGCUCUGCUCGUUCCCGGAGAACAAGUGGCGAGCUGUGGAAUCUGGGGCGGUCCCUGUUCUACUUGAAUUGGCUGACUCGGGGGUUGAGCGGGCUGUCGAGGUGUUGGGUCUGCUGGGGAAAUGCAGGGAAGGGAGGGAGGAGAUGGGGAGGAUUAAUGGGUGUGUGGAGGUUCUGGUACGGGUGUUGAGGAAUGGCAGCUCGAGGAGUGUUGAGCAUGCACUCUCAGCGUUGAAUUCAGUCUGUGGGUAUUGUGAGCUGAUGGGCUCGGAAGCGAGGAGUGAGGGGGUUUUGGAGAUUUGCUUUGGGUUGGUGGGGGAUGAGAAUUUGAAGAUUGGGAGGAAUGCUUCGAGCUUAAUUCAGACGCUUCAGCGGUGUCGGACUGUUGGAUGAUUAUGGAGUUGGGUUUUUUUCUGAAUGGUGAAAGGGUAUCAGAACAGCCUGGAUGAAUGAUUUGGAGGUGAGUCGAAAUGCCGGAAAUUCUGUUCAUUGUUUAUUCCUCUGUUUUUGGGUUAGCUAAUGUAAAGAAAACAAAUGAAUAGGCUUUUGUGGGUUGGGGGUCUUGUUUUUUGUACAAUUCGAAUAAAUAGAAUAUUCGGGUUUUUUUCGUCUUCUUUUCUUCUGUUGCUGUUUAUAUCGAGGUGGUUCAAAAUCGGGUGGCUGAAAAUGUAACUGCUUUCAUGGACAUGUUACCUGAUCUUUCUCCAACUUCCUAAAAAUUUUGAAUUAUGUGACCUCAUCCAUUUUCCA